ACCCCUUUCUCUAUAUAAACUCCGGCCUCUCCUGCAAUAUUCACAAAUCGCAUUUUCCCUUUUUUCAAUAAAAAUUCCCCAAUUUCUAGGCUUUGCAAUUUCGUUCGAAGGUUCUCUGCAAAUCUCUCGUCACGAAUUUCAUCUCUUCUUCACAGGAAUAUUGAAUGUUCUGAUGGAGGACAAAGGUGGUGAAGGGUCCAGCAGUAGUAAAUCUUUAUUGUACGAAGCUCCUCUUGGCUAUGGCAUUGAAGACGUUCGUCCUCACGGUGGAAUCAAGAAGUUCAGAUCGGCUGCUUACUCUAACUGCGCCCGCAAGCCAUCGAUGGAAUUGCCCGUCUCUGCAAUCGGAUUUGAAGGCUAUGAGAAGAGGCUUGAGAUAUCUUUCUUUGAGCCACCCAUCUUUGCUGACCCGGGUGGAAAUGGCCUCCGAGCUCUAUGCCGAGACCAGAUCAACAAGAUCCUAAAACCUGCAGAAUGCACAAUAGUUGCGUCUCUGUCCAAUCACCACGUUGACUCAUACAUUCUCUCCGAGUCUAGCCUCUUCAUCUACUCUUACAAGUUAAUCAUCAAAACCUGUGGCACCACAAAGCUGCUUCUCUCAAUCCCGCCCAUCCUCGAGCUGGCCGGCAGUCUCUCCCUCACUGUCAAAGCUGUGAUGUACACACGCGGGAAUUUCACGUUCCCUGGAGCACAGCCAUUCCCUCACCGCAGCUUCUCAGAAGAAGUUGCUGUCCUCGACAGCUACUUUGGCAAACUCGGUUCUGGUAGCCAGGCAUAUGUCAUGGGCAGUCUCGUUGAGUCCCAGAAAUGGCACAUCUACUCUGCAUCUGCAGUGCGGACGAACUGCCGCCCACUUUACACUCUCGAGAUGUGCAUGACUGGGCUGGAUCCAAAGCGGGCUUCUGUGUUCUACAAGACCCAUACAGGUUCAGCAGCCAAGAUGACUGAUAUCUCAGGCAUAAGGAAGAUUCUCCCAGGCUCAGCGAUAUCCGAAUUCGAGUUUGAUCCCUGUGGAUACUCCAUGAAUGGCAUUGAAGGUGACGCAAUCUCGACAAUCCACGUCACUCCGGAGGAUGGUUUCAGCUAUGCGAGCUUUGAGGCUGCAGGUUAUGAUAUGGAAGCACUGGACCUGAACCAGCUGGUCGAGAGGGUGCUGGCCUGUUUCCACCCAAAGGAGAUUUCUGUUGCCGUUCAUGUGGAUGUUGAUGAUGUCAGAAUCGAUGGUCUGGAUCUGAUGGGGUACACCUGUGAUGGGAGGAGCUAUCAGUGGCUUGGAGAAGGUGGAUCAGUGACAUACCAGAGCUUUAAAGUUGGCAGCGGGUGUGGAUCAUCGCCUAUGUCUAUACUCAAGUGCUGGGAAGAGAAAGAUGGAUACGACGAAGAGGGAUCAGUUGAGGAGAUUUGAUGGGGUGCAGAAAUGGCCUCUAUGUUUGGAUGACGUAGCUAUCGUUUGCAUUCUGAUAUUUGUUGUUUGGAUGACUUAGCUAUCGUUUGCAUUUUGAUAUUUGUUGUUUGGAUGACGUAGCUCUCGUUUGCAUUUUGA